CCUUUGGUUUUAGCGGGGAAAAAAAGAACCCAAUGCGCGUUCGAUAACCAAAGAGAAAAAGAAAACCCCAAAACGGCACCGUCUCGAAACGUCGACAUCGACAGUGUCCAACCCAAAAAAACGCAACCACAAUCAUCAUCUCAAUCUCCGAUUUCAGACAAUCCCUCGAUUUCGAAUACCUUCUUCUUCUUCUUCUUCUUAUUUUCCAUCAGUGUCGGAAGCUAGAUUCAGAUUCAGAUUCAGAUGUUCUAAAGCACUCACACAUGGCCACAGCAAGGUCCCCGAACCGUUCUUCCGAGGACGCCGCCGAUCCGACGCCGUUCAUCGGGACUUCCUCCGACGACUCCACCUCCGGCCGCCGCCUCCUCCGCCGCCCGAGCCUGCGCGAGGCGGCGCGCUUUCUGCGGCAGGCGAGCGGGCGGAGGCUGAUGCGCGAGCCCUCUAUGGUGGUGAGGGAGGCGGCGGCGGAGCAACUGGAGGAGCGGCAGAGCGAUUGGGCCUAUUCGAAGCCCGUCGUGGUCUUGGACGUUCUCUGGAACUUCGCCUUCGUCGUCGCCGCCGCCACGGUCAUGGUUCUCAGCCGCAACGAGAACCCGAACAUGCCUCUCAGGUUGUGGAUUGUAGGCUACGCUCUGCAGUGCGUUCUCCACGUCGCGUGCGUCCUCGUCGAGUACCAGAGGCGCCAGCGCCGCCGGGAGCAGUCCGGCGCGGCCGCUUCGAUCGCCGGCACCGGGGUUUUGAGUUCCGCUUCGUUGGACGGCUCUGGACAGUACGUGUCGUUGGCGCAGUUCGAGGACGAUGGCGUGAGCAGUAUGGCAAAACAUUUGGAAUCAGCCAACACAAUGUUUUCAUUUAUUUGGUGGGUUGUUGGAUUCUAUUGGGUAUCAGCUGAUAGUCAAGCUUUGGUCCAAGAGUCUCCUAUGCUUUACUGGUUAUGUAUAGUCUUCCUGGGUUUUGAUGUUUUCUUUGUGGUUUUCUGUAUUGCACUGGCAUGCAUCAUUGGUAUUGCUGUUUGCUGUUGUCUACCAUGUAUCAUUGCACUCCUGUAUGCUGUUGCAGACCAGGAAGGGGCAUCGAAAGAAGACAUUGAGCAGUUGUCAAAAUUUAAGUUCCAGAGAACUGAAUCUAUCGAGAAACUUGCUGGGAAUACACAAGAAACUUCUGGAGGAAUAAUGACUGAAUGCAAUGCUGAUUCUCCCAUUGAACAUGUUCUUUCUGAUGAGGAUGCGGAAUGUUGCAUCUGCCUUUCUGCUUAUGAUGACGGGGUUGAACUUAGACAACUUCCUUGUGGCCAUCAUUUUCACUGUGCCUGUGUGGACAAAUGGCUGUAUAUCAAUGCUACUUGCCCCCUGUGCAAGUAUAACAUCUUGAAAAGUACCAGUCAUGCUCAAGAUGAAGUCUAAAAAUGCCGGAAAAGUUUCUAGUAGCCAUGUUGGGAAAAUUGCAUAUAUUUUGGUUCACAGUACGAUAAGCACAAUUUGUUAAUAUACUUCAAUAUGCCUUUAUUGUAGUUGCUGCUGCUGCCUACUCGUUUAUCGUCUUAGUGGUAGUUGUUUGAUUAUUCUUCAUUAUGGUGGCUUCUUACUGGUAAUGUAUAUCUGCUCAUUGUAUACCGGAAAUAAUUAUCUCUAGGCAAGUUGGUUGUCAUUUUUUUAAAUCUUUGUCAUCACUCAUCAUUAUUGAUCUUUGUGGAUAUACUGUUUUGUUGUAUAAACUCCCGAGUGUGUCUCGGUGUACGUUUGAGAAUGGUCAAUUCAACUUGCCUCCUUUUGGCACUGUCAUUUUCUGAAUUCAAAUUGAGGCUGUCACAGUUGCUGGUUAUUUACCACAAGCUCGAUAGGUUGCUGAUUCUAGUGCUGAAGAAUGAGACCAAAUAGUCAAUGGCUGUUUGCAAGCUGAAUCCGAGGGAGAACUGGGUGUAUAUGUUCAUUAAAAGUUGGCGGCUCCUGUUUUUGCUGAAUCACGACAGUUCAGAAGUUCGAAUUAUAUUUUUGCGUUCAUCUGUCUGAUAUUGAUGGCACGAUUGUAGACUUGUAGUUUGAUCAUUGACUAGAUGAAUAGAGCAACACACUUUUUGGGGGGAGUUGUCCCUUAAUUGGUAUUUUAUUUUCUUGAGA